UCUCUCUCUCUCUCUCUCUCUAUAUAUAUAUAUAUAUAUACACACACACAUACAUCUCUGGAUAAAAAUGGCAGCAGGGCAUUCACCGUGCGCUUCAUGCAAACUGCUGCGAAGACGAUGCGCCAAGGACUGCAUAUUUGCACCCUACUUCCCCUCCGACGAUCCUCACAAGUUCGCCAUUGUUCAUAAGGUCUUUGGUGCAAGCAAUGUUAGCAAGAUGUUGCAGGAGCUUCCGUUUCAUCAGAGAGCAGAUGCAGUUAGCAGUCUGGUCUAUGAAGCAAAUGCGAGAAUGCGAGAUCCAGUUUACGGAUGCGUAGGUGCGAUUUCAUACUUACAGAAUCAGGUUUCCCAAUUGCAAAUCCAGUUAGCAAUGGCUCAAGCUGAGAUACUAUGCACCAUCCAACAACAACAACAACAACAACCACCAUCCGCCAUUAAUGGUCGCUUACCAGAACUUCAUCCUGCACAGAGUACCACUAUCUUAAUGGACGAUGUCGUUUCUAAUGACAUGAUAUCAUCAUAUCUGCACAAUACCAUCACUAAUCACCAUCAUCAGCACUUCAAUCUUACUUCCAAUUCUGUAAUUCAGUAUGAUUCUCUCAAGAGAGAGUCUUCUUCUCUCUGGACAUGACUGGUUUCAUUAAUUAUAAUAUCAUUACUUUUUAGAUCUCCAAUGAA